CAGGGUAAUUCACUAUUCAAAACACAACGCAAAACGUAUGAAGAUGCAUUCACGGAUGUUCCUGCUGUGGUCAGUUUGUCUUGUACACGUGGAGAGUUUGACAGUCUCGGACUUCUAUCCUUUUGGGGUGGGCCACGGAGAUACUACAAUGGCAGCGAAUGAUGAUGGGAGCUCUCCAAAUAUUUCAAUUUCCACAAAAUUCCCAUUCUUCAAUCACCAACACGACAAAUUAAUUGUGAGUACGAAUGGUGCUAUUUCAUUCCUGACCCCAGUGUCUCAAUAUACUCCGGAUCCUUUCCCGCUUGGUGGCGACCGUAGACUUAUCACUCCCUUCUGGGGAGACUUGAAUACAAGGAAAGGGGGAAAUGUGCGGUACAGGGAAACUACAGACCCAAAAAUAUUAGAAAGAGCUUCCACUGAAAUCAGGGCGUACUUCCCCGAGUUUUACAGUUUUUACUCUGCUUGGGUUUUCAUAGCUACUUGGGAUGAUGUCGCCUUUUACGGAUGUUCGUCGACUGGUUGUUUAAAGAGAAACACCUUUCAGGCUGUACUGAUUACAAAUGGAUUACAUUCCUUCACUAUUUUUAAUUACGCAAACAUUGACUGGACAACUGGGACAGCAAGUGGUGGAAAUGCAGAUACUGGGCUUGGGGGAAAACCUGCACAGGUUGGUUUUAAUGCUGGUGACGGGAAAGUUUACUAUGUAGUGAAUGGCUCACGCACAGCAGACAUUGUCAACAUACACAAGAUGUCCAAUGUACGUAUUCCAGGAAAGUUCGUCUUCAGAAUAGAUUCGUCGGAGAUAGGAGGAGGAGGGUGUAACACGGAAGGUAAUGUCAUCAUAACGCCAAGUAGCGGUCCAAUGUUGGGUGGUCAACAUCUAACAUUCAGUGGACCUUGUAUAGAAGAAUACACUUCAUUCAAAGUCAAGUUCUCCAACACAAGAUAUACAUUAAGAUGUGAAAAGGACUCACCUUACAGCUUUUAUUGCAUUACACCUAUGUUUGACAGCACUGGUAAUAUUCAAGUAGAUAUCAUAUUGGCUGACGAAAGCAAAACCAAACCGUUCAUAGGAAACUACACUAUAUGUAAGUACCUGUAUCAAAUUAUGUAUGAAUUUCUCUACUGA